GCAUUAGCGCGUUCAGCUUGCUGCACGACCUCCAUUACGCUAACCGAUAGACACAUUUGAGACUCUUCAGCAUGGAUAUCGACUUGAUUGAUGAGACCGACUUUCCCAACUACUCAAAAUCCACGGGCAAGAGACCUGCAUUUGUCCCAGUGGACGAUGCCCACCCGUUCGAUCUCGAAGCUUACAUCUCUACAUACACUGGUAAAACUGUUGUGUAUCGUCUCAUCCACAUCAUUAGCAUCUGCCCUACUCUCGCGCCACAAGCCUUUCAGCUAGCCGUUCAACACAUCCUGCAGGGUCGAGAUCCCAAUUUGUACCAAUCACUCAUAAUUGCGUACGAUACUACUGCCAAGACCCUCCCGGAUGCAGAGUUACCUCCUCAUACAGACCUUGCAGUCAUCGAUCAACAAUGGAUCGACGAAACCAACACCAAGAAUCAGGCAGAGAGGUCCAAGCUGGAGGUAGAACUGAAGACGUACACCAGCAACAUGAUUAAAGAGAGCAUCCGGAUGGCCCAUCGGGAUCUGGGGAACUUCUACCGAAGUGUAGGCGACUACUCCUCGUCACUGAAGCAUUACACCAAGUCUAGAGAAUUUUGCACUUCCAGUCAGCAUAUCGUGGACAUGUGCAUGUCCGUACUGGAGUUACUUCUGGAACAACGCAACUACGCUCACAUAGCCACAUACGUCUUCAAAGCAGAUGGUGCGCUAGAGAACGCGGCAGCCCGUAGCAAUGCUGCUCCUAACGCUGCUCAAGCAGCCACGCUCCCUCCAGAUGCACAGCAGGUUGCCAAAGCGAAAGCUGCCGCUGAGCGAGAGAGAGUACAGACAAAGCUUGAUGUCGCAACGGCUUUGUCGCAUCUCGCACAAGGUGCGUACGAGAAGGCAGCACAAUCUUUCCUGAAGGCUGGUCCUAUCAAGAAUCUGGAGGAAUGGGCAACUAAGAUUGUUGCUCCCGGAGAUAUUGCGAUAUAUGCCACGCUUUCUGCUUUGGCUACCUUCAGUCGAUCUGCAAUCAAGUCGAAUCUUCUCGAUAACGACAGUUUUGGGGUAUACAUCGAGCAAGAGCCUUAUGUCCGUGAGCUUGUAGAAGCAUACAUGGGCAAUAGGUUCAAGACUGUCCUUGAGCUCCUGGAAAGAUACUCUACUCGUCACUAUAUUGACCUCUAUCUCUCAACCCAUGUGAACAACCUCGUAUUGGAGAUCCAGAGUCGUGCACUCGUGCUAUACUUCCAACCAUUCGCCUCUAUCAAGAUGGAUCGCAUGAGUCAAGCGUUUGGAUGGACUCCAGAAUUCCUCGAGCAACAGGUUGUCCACCUAAUCCAGAAGGGCGAGAUUCAUGCUCGCGUUGACAGGCAAAACAGGAUUCUGAAAGCCAAAGUUGUGGACCAGCGUGCAGAGCUCUUUUCGCGUGCCGUCAAGUCUGGCGCGGACAUUCAGAGCACGAACCGCAAGCUCCUCCUACGUAUGAGGCUCCAACAAUCCGACCUCAUUGUCAAGCCUCCUAAGAAUCAGAACCAGAACCAGAACCACAUUGACUUCUUAGGUGACGGUCAUUAGAUCCCUCGCGAUAGACUCGUUGUUUGUCGUCGGUCGUCGAAAUCCAUGGAAUGCUCUCGUUGUACAACAUAGAUGACAUAUAACAUGUAGGUUAUCAUGCAGUGUGUGAAAAGGAGAAGGAAUCAAUUGUCCCUGUCGAAACGUUUGAAGGCAUGUUUUUCGUACUCCUUCAUCUUGUUCUUGCGUUUUCUGGGGCUGUAAAUUCGCCGUAAGUAGACAGAAAUAGAUGAAAUGAAAACAAGAAUGACAUAC